AAGGAACCUGUUGGGCGGAGCUCAGCAGUGCAAGAGGGCCAGAGAAGAUCUGGAGUCGGACAGAGGACUAAUCCAGCUGGAGAGGCACUUCUUGACAUCAACAGCUCCGGUCAUGUUCAACUACCUAGCAGUGGAGGUGAGACCCCCGUUCCACCGCAGCUAUGGGGGCCAGCAAGGGGUGUCUGGGCCACUGAAGAGCCGCCUGGAGCAGCUGAAGAAGCCGUGGUGGAGGGAGCCCACCCCACUGGUGCUCCAGCACAGCGAAACGGCCAGGCUUGCCGUCGAUGCCUUUCUUGAGCAGGGCGAGCGCGGCUACCAAAGCGCCAUUGCUGAGGAGCGGGAGCUGCCUUUUCUUUCCACCCUGGAUAUGGAAUAUAUGAACCAGCAGAGAAACCAAAGCUUUCCAGAUCCCAAUGGGAUGAAAGACAAAGAGGCUGACCCUGGCAAUGCGGAUGCUGGAGACAGGUCUUCCCUCUACUCUGAACUAACGUCUGGCACUUACUUUCCGCUCAUGUCCGAUGUGCACCCUCCGGAGCUGGAGCUGGGCUGGCCAGGGACAUCGCUUCUCGCGGUGUCUUGUGAGACUCAAGCCACUGUGAUUUUCCAAAGAAACAAAGCUAACAGCAUUAAGGAUUUGCUCCGGUCUCUGAUCAGCAGGGCACGGACGGUGAUAGCAAUUGUGAUGGAUCUGUUUACAGACAUGGAAAUCCUCUGUGACCUGCUGGAGGCGUCAAGCAGACGUCACGUCCCUGUUUACCUGAUCCUGGAUGAAGAGUACUUGAAGCAUUUUGUGGAAAUGUGCAAUAAAAUGGCUCUUACUCAGGACAGCUUCCCAAACAUGCGCAUACGGUGUCUGAGUGGGGACACGUACUACAGCAAAGCAGGCAAGAAAUUUGCAGGUCAGGUUCUGGAGAAGUUCAUCCUGAUUGACUGUGACCAAGUUCUGGCUGGUACAUACAGUUUCACCUGGCUCUGCAGCCAAGUCCACACCAACCUGGUGACUCACUUCCGUGGUCACAUCGUUGAAGAGUUUGACAAGGAAUUCCGGUAUUUGUAUGCAGAGUCCAGAGCAGUGACCAACUUCUGUGUGCCAGAUCCUGGGACAUGCCCCUCUUCUCAGAAUACCUCGAAAGCUGCCAGAUCCCUUUUAAAACCCCCACAGGUGAACGAUGCUGAAAGCUCGAGCCCCUCCAGCAGCAUUUCCAACGUAAGCAUCAGAACCGUAAAAAUAUCUCCCUUUCUGAAAAACUCCAGCUGCAAUAAGCAGCAGGAAAAGCAAGAUUCAAGCUCUGAUUCUGAUAAUAAAAAGGGGAGGAAAGACACAUCUCUGAAGCCCACUUGCCCGAAGCAGCAAGGGGAGCCACCAGACUCAUCCGACACCCCUCCAAAUAAAUCCACGCCAGCCUUGUAUCACAAAUCAAAUCCCGUGACAGCAAGGACAUUCUUGCAGCCAGAGCCUUCCCCUGCGCCGAGCUCCAAUAAAGCUGGUUCUCAAGGGGACAGUAAGGCUGACAGCAGCCGCGGCUCCCCAUUAGGACAGGAGCAGACUUUGCAGUCCCUUUCAGAGGGUGCCAGUAGCAACGAGACAAACGUGAAGCAGAAGGGGCCUGCUGCUACCUCCAGGGAACUGACAGCAGAAAAUGACACCACUUUUUAUGGGAUGGAAAAAAGACAGAGUCCUAGACCUGGAAAACUGGACCUGCUGCCCCCUUACAACCAGCCAAAACGAGAUAAAAAGCCGGUAGUUCCUUGCUAUGAUAAACUCGCUGAGGACACGCUGAUGGAAAAGAGGAGCGCAUACGGGGCUGAGAAAAGAUUGACUCUCGGGCACAGUAAGCUGGAUCUGAUCACCAAGUACAACAAGUUAAAAACUAAACAUAUACACAGUCGGUUCGAACUCUGA